AUGUGGCGCGCCCUGGCGCCGGCGCGGGCAAUUGGCCGCGCGGCAUCGGGGGGCGGAGCUCGGGCCGGAGGCGGGGCCCGUGCCUUGGGGCGGGGUAUGAGGGAGACUCGCCUGGCGGCGCAGGCUUCACUGGACGGCUCGUAUCUGAGGUUCCCGGGGCGGCGCGGAGGCUGGGCGGCGAUGCCGGAGGUGAGCACGGACGAGCUGGACGAGCAGCAGGUGCAGCUCCUGGCGGAGAUGUGCAUCCUCAUCGACGAGAACGACCGGAGGAUCGGGGCGGAGACCAAGAAGAACUGCCACCUGAACGAGAACAUCGAGAGAGGGCUGUUGCACCGAGCUUUCAGUGUCUUCCUGUUCAACACCGAGAACAAGCUGCUGCUGCAGCAGAGGUCAGACGCUAAGAUUACCUUCCCAGGGUGUUUUACUAAUACUUGCUGUAGUCACCCGUUAAGCAACCCGAGUGAGCUGGAAGAAAAUGAUGCUAUUGGAAUUAGAAGAGCAGCACAGAGGCGGUUAAAGGCCGAACUCGGAAUUCCCAUGGAAGAGGUUCCUCCAGAGGAAAUUAAUUAUCUAACACGAAUUCACUACAAGGCUCAAUCUGAUAGUAUCUGGGGAGAACAUGAAAUUGACUACAUUUUGUUGGUGAAGAAGAACGUGACCUUGAAUCCAGACCCCAAUGAGAUUAAAAGCUAUUGCUACGUAACAAAGGAAGAAUUAGAAGAACUUCUAGAGAAGGCAGCCCAUGGUGAAAUUAAGAUAACCCCGUGGUUUCAAAUUAUUGCAGAUACUUUUCUUUUUAAGUGGUGGGAUAACUUAAAUCGUUUGAAUCUGUUUGUUGACCAUGAGAAAAUACACCGAAUGUAAAAGUGGAGAUGAAUGGUUACUAAAGUACUGAAGAAUUUCUCUAGCUAGUAAACUUAAAAUGAACUUGAAAAAAAUCUGGUUCCCCACUGGAACUCUCCUUGGAAAUACUGAUACUUUACAACCAGAAUUUGUAUAGAAAAGAAUUCUUGAUUUUAUGUCAUACACCCCAUAUACAUGUGCUGCAAUUUGUAAAAAAAAAUUUGAGAGAUAUUAUACAAAGAGAACAAAAUAAACUUAACCUGUCUAAACAAAUGGUUAUGACACAUUUAAACAAACAAGUGGAGUUCAUUUUUUAUAUAUUGUGAUAAACAUUUUCAGAAGACUCGUAUAGCACUUUACUAUCUGCCAGGUGCUUGACGUAUCUUUAAACUUUUUUCAUGGUCCAGGAGAAUGUGGAAUGGAAGCAUUUGCUUAUCUACUUCAAAACAUUGCAGUUUAACUUUCCAUGUUAAGAGAUAAAAUAUAGUAGAGCAGUUCAAGGAAAUUAAAUGGCAUGAUUUUUGUCACUGAAAGUUAAUUUUGUUGUUUAAUCAUUCUGAAAGUAUUUUUGAUACUUAAAAGUCUAACAUUGAUUUUGGUAGGGACAUUGGCUAGGUGAAGUCAUUUAAACAGUCCAUGCCAAUUAGUAAAGUCUUGUUUUAAGAAUUACUAGGAACACAGACUAUUUGUAAAAUGGAACUUGGGUCAGUUGAGUCGUACUCAACAACAGGAUCUUUUAACUGUGGCACUGCAGUUUAGGCUGGAUAAUUCUUUUUGAAGGUUCAUCCUUUGCCUUGUAUAGCAGCAUCCUUAGGUUCUACCCAAAAAAUGCCUUUGGCACCCCUCCCGCCAUGGCAGCCCCAGUGACACCAUAUGUGAAAUGUCUUCUGGAGGACUUGUCUGCAGUCGGGCCAUGUUGUAGGAAAAUUAACCAUAAACAGGUUAAUAUUCAUAUUAAAUAGAUUUUGGUUAUGGAAUAUGUAGAUAUUAUUUGAACUGUACCUUGACUAAUGGUACUUUUUUAAACUCUUGCCACAGAUUUUUCACAUUUGAGACCUUAAGACUGCUUUAUUAUCCUUGAAUGCUAUUAAUUUCAGGCAAAACUGUAGCAAAUGUUAACU